CAAGAUGGUAUCAACUUCAAGUUUUAACCUGCUGCUGCUUUAUACAACUAGUUCCGAACAAAGAGCAGAUCAGAAGAAGCGGUCGACACAGAAGAAAGAUGGAAAGACAAGAGCAGGGUGUGAAAUCAAGGGUUGUUAAAGUUGAAUCGUCGGAGUCAUGGGACCUUCUUGUAACUGAAGCCACCAAUAAAGGCUGCCCUGUUGUGGUGCAUUUUACUGCUGCUUGGUGUAUUCCCUCAGUUGCAAUGAAAUCGUUUUUGGAAGAACUGGCAAUGGGUUACCAAGAUGUUCUGUUUCUCGUGGUUGAUGUUGAUGAGGUCAAGGAGGUGGCAACCAAACUGGACAUAAAGGCCAUGCCAACAUUUGUGCUGAUGAAGGAGGGAACCCCAGUAGAUAAGCUUGUGGGUGCAAAUCCAGAAGAGAUAAGGAAAAGGAUUGGUGGUUUUGUUGAGUCCAUCCGUUCAUACAAGGCUUAGUUGUUGGAAGUAUGAAGCAUGUAUAGAGAGAUAUAAGUGCUUUACUUGUGGAUAGUUUAAAAUACAACAAUUUCAUUUGGGUAUGUUUUCGUUUGAGGGUUAUGAUUGUCAUGUUGGUUGGUUGAUACAUAUAUGCUCUAUCAAUGUAAAUGCCUUUCUCCAUCCUCAGAUGCUAUCCGAGUUUUGAGUUGGUGUUUGUCAACCUUUCUACUGGUUUAUAAUGGAGUACUUUGUGAAGGAAA